AUGUUCCCAACUUCCCAUUGUGGAGUUGUCGCCGGCGCGCUGGACCGACCUAACCGGCCUGCAGAGGGCAAAUGGGCGCAUACAAAAGGCCAGGCCCAGGAGGCUCCCCAAUUCGUGCAAAACUUAGGACGUCAUCAGUCCAUGGUGCAUGAGGAGAGCAGUGACCUUUCUCCGGAACCCGUCCAGCCGCGGAUAAUAAUCAUCUACAACACCUUGUACUCAGUUGCGACAUGCGAUAACCCACGGAACGACGACAUUCUCUUCCGCUGUUUCAGUCGAACCGAAUUAAAGUUUUUUUCCUUCUUUCUUUUCUUCUUCCAUAUCUGUGAUACCCCCUAG